GGAAGUCGGAUCGUUGUGCUCUCGCUCUCUCUCUUUAAAAAAAAAAAAGAAAAACAUUUCAAAACCCAAAAACAAAAGCCCCGGAAUCGGUUAAGUGCUCGUAAAUGGAUUAAAACGAAAUUUAUCGCUUUAUAGGCCACAUUAAUCAAAUGUCUUACAACAAGGCCCAUAAAAUGCCAUAUAAAUAAUAAACAAACUUCGUGUAAAAGUGCAAUAAAACAUUUCGGAGCUUGUUGCAAUUAAUCUGAAUGCAUUUGUGAUACGAUUAUUUAUUUACACUUCCCAAGCGACACCGUUCAUAUCAAUAGCCUAUAGCUAUAGCCGCUAUAUAUAUCAUAUCGGAAUCGGUCUCAACCUCAACUUGAACUGAACUGAGCUGCGUGCGUGGCCCAUUAAUCAUUCUAAAACGAGCCGCGAAUCGCGAAUUAUUCGGCCAUAAAUCAUGGGCAUCUUGCUGAGUGAUGGCGAUUCCACAUCGGAUCAACUGUCGACACGCGACUAUCCGCAUUUCAGCGGCGACCACCAGAACGUGACGCUGCCGGUUGCCUCUGCAUCCGCAUCCGCAUCCGCUUCAGCCUCGCACGCGGCCGCCGUAAAGAUGUACCACAGCAGCGCCGUGGCGGCCUACACGGACCUGGCUGCCGCCGGGAGUGCGGCCAGCGCAGGAGUGGGAGUCGGGGUGUCCGGCUAUCACCAGCAGGCCGUGAAUGCCCCCGUCUAUGUGCCCUCCAAUCGCCAGUACAACCAUGUGGCGGCGCAUUUUGGCAGCGCUGCUGCCCAGAAUGCCUGGACCACCGAUAGCUUUGGAUCGGCGCAUGCGCAACUGCCGGCGCAAUUUUAUUCACCCAAUGCGGCCGUGAUGAUGGGCUCCUGGCGCAGUGCCUACGAUCCUUCGGGGUUCCAGCGCAACUCGCCCUACGAGAGCGCCAUGGACUUUCAGUUCGGCGAGGGACGCGAGUGCGUCAACUGUGGCGCCAUCUCAACGCCCCUGUGGCGACGGGAUGGAACGGGGCAUUACCUGUGCAACGCCUGUGGUUUGUACCACAAGAUGAACGGAAUGAACCGGCCGCUGAUCAAGCCCAGCAAGCGCCUGACCGCCACUCGGAGAAUGGGUUUGUGUUGCACCAACUGCGGCACUCGAACCACGACACUUUGGCGAAGGAACAACGACGGGGAGCCCGUUUGCAAUGCCUGUGGGCUGUACUACAAGUUGCACGGCGUGAACCGACCUCUGGCCAUGCGCAAGGAUGGCAUCCAGACGAGGAAGCGAAAGCCCAAGAAAACGGGCAGCGGCUCGGCAGGGGGAGCGGGAGGAGCGGGGUCCGGAUCGAGCUCAACUCUGGAGGCCAUCAAGGAGUGCAAGGAGGAGCACGAUCUCAAGCCCUCGCUUAGCCUGGAGCGCCAUGGCCUUGGUAAACUACAUGCGGACCUGAAGAGCAGCGCCAGCAGUAGCAGUACGCUGAUGGGACACCACAGCGCCCAGCAGCAGCAGCAACAGCAACAGCAGCAGCAGCAACAACAGCAGCAGCAACAGCAGGCGGCGCACCAGCAAUGCUUUCCCCUCUACGGACAGGCGACGACGCAGCAGCAGCAUGGUCAGCAACAUGGUCACGGCAUGGUCACCCCCACCUCCGGUCAGUCCCAGUUGAGUGCCCGUCAGCUGCAUGGAGCGGCAGCAGGAUCGCAGCUCUACAUGCCCGGCGGCGGCAGCAGUGCGUCGGUCGGAGGAGGCAGUGCGUCCGCCUACACGGCGCACAGCGUGGAAACGCCCACGCUGAGCAAUGGCACUCCGUCGCCCCACUACCAGCACCACCACCAUCACCUGGGCGGAUCCCAUGGUCAUCAUGUGACAGCGGCGGCGGCCCAUCAUCAUCUGCACGCGGCCGCCGCAGCUGCUGCUUAUGGGGUGAAAACGGAGGCGAGUGCCACCAACUACGACUAUGUAAACAACUGCUAUUUUGGGGGAACCUUUGGGGCGCUGGGAGGGGCGGCAUCCACGGCGGCCAUGGCGGGAGGAGCGGCCAGUGAGCUGGCCGGCUAUCAUCACCAGCACAACGUCAUCCAGGCGGCCAAGCUGAUGGCCACCUCGUAAGGCUAAACCUGGCUCUGGUUCUGUGAUGUGAUCUCCCUCCUCCGCCUCCUCCUCACCAACUGCACCCCAAAUCGUGGCAUUGAAAAGACUUUAGACCUAUUUACCUUUAGUCCUAUUCAGCCCCGUUUGCCGGAUUCCAUUUUAAUUCAUUUUAUCCUAAUCAUAGUUGUUUAAAUUCCCCUUUUCUAAAACGCAAUUUCCG